CUCUGAUGAUUAGCAGAAACAGCCAGGGAAGUCCUGGAAACCCACACGAAAGGCAAUUAGAUUCAUGCUUAUACGCUGGCAAAAAAAUAGAUCUCCUCUAGGAGAAGUCCUUUUUUAAACACUGCUGCUUUCCUCUGCGGGGGGGACAGUGGUUCAUCUGGUCCCUCCCCUGUGUAAACAGUGGUUGAUGAUGUAUGAAGCGGUCUCUGCUGGCUUGAAUUGGGGGAGCCACAGUUACAACUUCCCAGACACAUUCUCUGGAGCUCCACUCCCCUGGGUUGUGUCUCAUCCAUUGUUUCUGUGUUUUACACCAUGUGGUCUGUGUGACGGGGCUGGGGAAUUCAAUUGUCUGGCCAAAGUCCCAGCUCCCUCCUCUUCUGCCCCACACCAGCUAGUUCAGGAGUGUCCUGCUUCUCUCUUAGGGCUAGCCUAAGGUCGACAUAGCUACAUCGGUCAGGGAUGGAGAAAAUCCACCCCCUGAUCAGUGUCGCUAUUCCAACCUAACCCCCCUUGUAGACACAGGGAGGUUGAUGGACGAAUGCUUCUGUCAACCUAGCUACCGUUGCUCAAGGAGGUAAAGUUACUACACUGACAGAAAACCCCUCUGUGUACGUUACGUCUCCAUGAUGGAGUUAAGCCAGCAUAAUCACGGCGAUGUAGCUGUGCUGGUACAGUCUCCGUACUGUAGACAUACUCUGAGUGGCGUCUCUUUGGGAAGAGAAGCAGGAGCAUACUUGCCUUAAGGGGCAAGGACAGGCAGUGCCGUCCUGGGGGAUGGGUGCGGCGCUUUAUGGCCAUGGGAAGGGAGGUGCCUUCUUGGCAAAUGCAAGAAGCGGGUGGGCCUAACCGGAAAGCUGUCACACUGAAAAGGGGAACCCCUAGUUUUCCGGUGCAGUGAAAGAGAAUGACUUUGCAAAAGGAACCCUUUGUCUGAAUAGCUUGCCUGGGCUGAGCCGUGGGAUGGCUGCUGUCAAGCUGGUUUGGGUCUUAAGUGCAUGGGUGUGUCAUGGAGUAGAGGGGAGAUAACUGGCCUUUGGGCUCCCUCGCCCCCUUUUGAAGCUGAAGAAAACAGCUGGCGUUAGGCCUUGCACUUGACUGAUAACCCAGUGGUGCUUGCGCUACGGGAGGUGCUCUCCAAGCACAGGCACCUGGAGAUCUGGAGAAUCAGCCCAGGUUUAAUUUGGCUAUUCAGAUCAGGACACCCACUCCCCAGCACACUCCCACCCUGUUGAUCUCAUCGCUCAGGGGCCCGUACCUCUGAAAAACUAGAAAUACCAUGCCCCAUGCGCUCUCCUGUUCACAAACCUCUGUGUCAUUCACUUUCAUUUGAAUCCCGUUUUUGCCCAUUGUGCUGUGGGAUUGCUUCUUCUCAGUAUUAACUGAAAAAAUGGGGUUUGGAUGGUGCUGGCAUUUCAGGGUCUCCCUCUAGGUAUGCCUCCCCCUCUGGAAAAUGCUGGAAUAGGUGACAUCAGCAGAGUAGGGGAAGCCCAAGCGUGGCAAUCUCAAAUCAGUUUUCACUCUGCUUCAGUCUUGGGUUAACACUCUGGGUGCAGGGCUCUCAGCCGUUGACAGUGUGGAGCAUUUCAUUGAAAAAAGGAAACUGAGGUUGCAUUUCUGAUUGUGUUUUACUUUGUGAGUCAGUCUUGGCCAGAAAACCCUAAAGAACCAACCUUACUUUGUGUGUAAGGCGGGAAUGUCUCCUCCUUGGUUAUACACAGGUAACAAUUUGUAACUCAGCACUCCGAUUAGUCUGGGAUGAAUCAGAAAGUGACGGCCCUUUGCGUAGGCUGAGAACAAAGUUCUUUCACUUUUGUUGGUAACGGGUGCUUUACGUGAGAGACCCUUGAUUCAUGACCGCAGCUUAGAGUGACAGAAGGUUAGAAGCAGUAUCGCACACCUAGCUGUUAGGUGUGCUGCUUGUGGAAGGGACAGGCAAUGUAUAAGCGAUGUAUAAGGUAUGUUCGGGCUGAAAAUUUGGCUCUUACAAGUUACCCUGGCUUGUUACUGUGAAAGUGGCCAUGUGACUACCAGAGACCUUUGCUGAUCAUUCAAUAAUGCCCAUUCCAGGAGAGGAAAAUCAACAUAUCAUUAACCCUAUUAAUACUGGUGCAUCUUCAGCAGCUGUAGUAAAUCCAUUUCACCAGCAGGAAUGCCAGGACAUUCCAGGUAUUUCCAGAAAGCACUAAACUUGUGCGUCUGUGGGUCAGAUCAGGUAGGGGCAACUUCGCGAUUGUUCUUGGUUUCCAGUUGUUGGGGGUGAUAAGCUCUCAGGCAUAACACCUUGCUUUUAGCUUAAAUGGCGGCAACUCUUGGGAAGUUGCUUGUGUAUCACAGGAUGUUGUUAUCUCAGAGUAUCUGUCUUUAUAGCUAUGCCCAUCGCUGGCUAUGCAGUGACAGUCUGUGUCACAUAUGGGAGCACAGCCUUCCGAGGCGCUUGAAGUGGGAAGAAAAGAUGAUUGUGAGAUGCUAGUGGAGUAAGUUUUGCACCAUUCCUGUCCUUGAUUUUGAUCAGCGCUGUUUUUUUAACAUAAUCCUUCCUAGGAAAAGCAAAAACUCAGGCAGUAAUUCCAUCGGGGUAUAUAUCUUUCCACUCCCCAGUAAAACAUUUGUCUAGUAAAUGUAUGAAACACAAGCUCUGAGUUUCCUGGACCACGUCAACACAGAUGGGAGCAAUCCGGGGACAGGCCUGUCAGCUUUCACUCUGAACAGGAAGGCUCACCGGAGGGGAGAACUCAUUGAUGGUGCUUUCCCAAAAAAGAUCUGCAAGUCUGUUUAAAUGCUUCACGUAAACUGAGAUGCUGUAUCAGGAACUAUAGUUGGGCUGCUGCUGGAGGGGCACGCAGAAUGGCUAGAUUGAAGGUUUCCAUCCACAGAACAGGCUCUAUCCAGUAGGCUGCAAAGGCCCUAGGGGGGCGUGUCGACAGUCACCGGCACCUGGGAGGACAGGCGAGCAGAGGUGGGCCAGCAGGGAACAUACAAGCUGCCCAUGCCGACUGUGUAUGAAGCUGGGAAGCAGUACACGGGACCUGAGUCCACAGAGAGACCCCUUUCGAUGUCCCGGCAUGAGACCUCUCCGACGACGGUGCAACCGGCUGGCAACCACCGCCCCAAUGCCUGCUGCUUCUGCUGGUGCUGCUGCUGCAGCUGCUCGUGGAACGAAGAUCGGGAGCGAGCGUGGCGGGCGUCUCGAGACACCAAACUGGAGACCAUUCCAAACUGUGAAGCUUGCCUCAAGCCAACUCCCGACGAAGUGCAGGGCUGGGCCCAGUCGUUCGACAAGCUGAUGAAGAACCCAGCGGGCAGGAAUGUGUUCCGGGAAUUCUUACGGACUGAGUACAGCGAGGAAAACAUGCUCUUUUGGUUAGCAUGUGAGGAACUCAAAAACGAGUGCAACAAGCACACCAUCGACGAGAAGGCCAGGAUGAUCUACGAGGACUACAUCUCCAUCCUCUCGCCCAAAGAGGUGAGCCUGGAUUCCCGGGUGCGCGAAGUCAUCAACAAGAAGAUGCAAGAGCCCUCGACGCACACCUUCGACGACGCGCAGCUACAGAUCUACACCCUCAUGCACAGAGACUCCUAUCCCCGCUUCCUGAACUCUGCCAUAUACAAAGCGCUGCAGCAGAGCGUCUCGCGGUCGUCCUCGGAGUCCUAAGCGCCUGCCACCCUCGGCCCGUGGCAACGCCACAAACAGUUCUUUUUGUACACCGGUGUCGGGGGGGUCCCCGAGCUCUGUCUCUGUCUGGGGCAGGUGGGGAGGCCUCUGGGACCAGGGGGCUGGAGCUCCCGC